AUGUCAUCCAACGCCAGUCGUGGAUUGUCACAUGGAGGUGUUCUCCACGAAUAUGCUCCCAGACUUGUGGCCUUCGAGUUCACCCCACCAGCAGAGGGAAUCAACAAAAUCAACAGUCUGAUUUUCGUAGGCGGACUGACAGAUGGAUUUUGCACUGUUCCCUACGUAUCCAAACUGGCCAAAGCUCUAGAAAAUACCGAGUGGUCAGUCUUUUCCGUUCUGCUCUCCUCAUCCUACGGCGGGUGGGGAGUCGGAAGCCUCGAUCGCGACGUAGAAGAGCUCGGUCAAUGCGUGCGUUUCAUUCGGGAUCUCAAGGCCUCGCGCCAGCCUGGUGCCCCGACAAAAGGUGGGAAGAUCGCUGUCAUGGGCCAUUCCACUGGUAGCCAAGAUGUGCUCCAUUAUCUUUACUCGCCGAAUCCCGUGCCCGAAAGGGAGUUCAAUCUCGGUCUGAAGCAUAUCGUUCGUCCUGAGCUGGAUGGUGCUAUUCUGCAGGCACCGGCUUCGGACAGAGAGGGUCUGCAAGCUAUUAUCGACACCUCUGAUCAGCCUGAUGAGAUUACAAAGGUCUACGAUCAACUUGUGGGUUUCGCCAAGAAGCAGCCAUAUACAGAGGACCAGGGCGAUUCUAUUCUCCCCAUGAACUUGACCGCAAAGCUAUCUUAUCCUCCCGAUACACCUCUGAGUGCCCGGAGAUUCUUAAGCCUGGUCAGCCCUGAGAGCCCUGAGCAUCCAUCUGACGAUGAUGUCUUUAGCUCUGACUUGACCGAUAAGCGCUUGCAAGAGACCUUUGGUAUGAUUGGUACCAGAGGAUUAAUUGAUUCAAAGAUCAUGUUUUUGUACUCCGGUGCAGACGAAUAUUGCCCCCAUUGGGUGGACAAGGCCAAGCUACUACAGCGAUGGCAACAAGCUACCGAGGCAGGAGGCACCAAAUGGGAUAGUGAAAACAGCGGGGUUAUUGAAGGAGCUGCUCACAAUGUCCAUAGCGAAGGCCAGCAGGAUUUGAUUGAUCGAGUUGUUCGAUACCUUCACAGUCUGUGA